GAAGAAGAAGAUUGUUUGGAGGGCUCGCCUCGCCUUGCAGUUGACAACAAUCACUAGAUCGUGCUGUUGCCAUUAACGGCUUUACCGUUAGCACAACUGUACAGCAUUACAGUAACAUUAUGUCUGGAAAUAAUUGGAAACAAAGAACACAGUGUUCUGCCAUCAACUGCAACAACUACCAGUGUACAAGCAAUGAACUAGCAUUUCAUAGAUUCCCCAAAGAUCCAGAGAGAUCUGCCAGAUGGGUGCAGAACCUGAGGAAUGCUAGCUUGGCAGGGAUAAGCUCCCAGCGCCUCAAUCAGAACUACAGGGUGUGCAGUGCACAUUUCCACCCCAGCCAGUUUAAAAGGCCAUCAGAUGUCCAUGCAGGAUUGAACUGGAAUGCAGUGCCCACUAUGGUUAAUGCCCCUAACCCACCGCCGCCACCACUGGACAUCGAGCACAAGAGAAAACCACCAAAGACACGCCAAGAGUUGCCACCAAAGAAACGGCAACAGAGUCACGCAACUGGUCCAUUUUUUGAGAAACAUAGCUUGCCUGAUGAGGAUGCCGUCGCAGGUUCUUCGUCGCCGCCACCAUCAACAGAUAAUAAGGCUGUUGCAGGACCUUUAUUACCACCACCACCACCACUGCAACCAGACCUGACAGACCUUACUAAAAAACUUUAUAAGCAAAUCAGGUCUCUGAAGUCACAGAUAUGCAAGCUGAAAGCAAAAGUAAGGAACCUCACUCGCCAGAAGACCAGCAAGUUGGAUGUGAAACAUGAACUGAAGAGACUGUUACCAGCCAAGUCUUAUGCUUUUUUCAGCACCCAGUUACGCAUGUGCCAGCGCAAGGCUAAUGGUUUCCGUUGGACCGCUCAAGACAAAGCUUUUUUCUUGUCUCUCCUACAUGCCAGUCCUAAGUGUUAUCGGCUACUCUGCAGAGUCUUUUCGAUGCCAUCUGUCCGCACACUACAGAAGGUCAUUAAGUCUCCUGGGUUUAAGCAGAGCAUUCUGUCCACUGAUUAAUUAAAUUAUAAUAAAACUAAAGACUAAAACAUAGAACAGCUAA